UCGAACAGUAGGAACAAGAUGGCGGCGGCGGUGGCGGAACUAAGGCGGCUGUCAGGGGCUUCGGUGUCCUAGGCCAGGCCGCCUCCACCUCGGCUGCCGCGCUGAAAGAGGCUCCCGGCGGCCUCAAAGCGGGGCCUCUUCGGCCGACAGCCUCCCUCUCCGCAGCCGGCGAUACAGGCUGACGAUGAGGGAGCCCGCCGCUGGGCAUGGUGGGAGGAGUGCGCAUGCGCGGCCGGUGUGAGCAUGCGCAGAGGCGCCGUGGCGGUGGCAACUCCUCGCUCGCCCUCUAGUGGCAGAAUGCAGCCAAGCAGCCUCCAGCGCGCCUCCUGGCUUUGCCAGGCUCUGCGCUCAGAGGAAGACACGAUGGUGGAAGCCCUCCUCCAACGGGGCGCUGACCCCAACUUGCUCCUUCCGGAGGGGAUGGCCCCCAUCCAUUUGGCAGCCGGCAUGGAGCAGGAGAGCGGGAUCCGCUGCCUCGCCCUCGUCCUCCAAUACGGCGGAGACCCCAACGCCAGGUCCGUGGAGGAUCUCACCCCUUUGCAUGUGGCGGCGUCUUGGGGCUGCUAUACUUGCUUGAGGCUGCUACUGAUGGAAGGAGGGGAUCCCCGGCUGAAGGACCAGGAUGGGAACACAGCCCUUGAUCUGGCUCUGGAGCAAGGGAAUGAGAUGUGUGUCCGUAUUCUGCGGGAGCCUCUGGAGGAAGAGGAGCAGAGCAGCUGGAUGUCCCACCGAAGAGCAGAAAGCUUUCUCUCCACUAUGAGUGAAGACCCUGUGGAAGCCAGAGGCACCUCGAGGCAUCAUGGUCCUGGUCCAGACCUGUUUAGUGGAACCUCAAAGCCAUCUCUGAAAGGGAAUCUCGGACAUAGCUUCUUCCCUCUCCCAGUUGUAGCAGCGCCAGGUGGAAACCCAGAUGGUUGUGUCUUGCCAGACUGCCAGGAUAAACGCUGUUCCUGCGGGAACCGGUGCUCUGCUUCUUUUCUCACUGAAUGUUCUUGGAAAUGCACUACAUUGUGUGAUUGCUCUGAGUUCCCCACUCAGCUGCCGGCUUCAUGCAGGUUGCCAUUUGACCAUGUGGAUGGGAAGGAGACCUUGAAUCGUUCUGCCGGAGUGGGGUUCCCAGAAGAUGAGCCGCCAUGCCCCAAGUUGGAUGCCUACGUCCAGACAACCGACUCUUGCUCUCUCAAAACCACUACAGGGGAAGGGUGCCAUUCAUCUCCAGAUCAAAAGGAUGGCCUUCCCAAAGCCACUUUAAUCAGCUCUGACUCUCAGGAGGCAUGGGUGAGCUCCAAAAUAUCAAGCACUACUGGAUCCCAGGAGAUCCUUGAUCCCCCUUUCACACAUGAAAUUAAUUCUGAAUGUAAUAGAGGUCUCUUCCUUGUCACACAGAACGCCAACACCACCCUGGACCUGACCCAAUAUGGCAGUUUCCUUGACCCAGGCCUCACUGUGAAACACAGCAGCCAGCAGGGACUGGAUGUCACCUCUCCGGAUCACGCGUUCCUCUUCUCCCGGGGAAACUCCACAGCUGUGUCAGACUUGGAGAAGACCCUGGUGGUCGACCCAGCAUUUCUGUCCACGGUCUGCAAGAAUCCAGAUGGAUGUACAAAGUUGAGUUCAUUUCGAAGGAGCUCAGGUGAUAUCAGCAGCCAUUACCUCUCAUGCAACAGCGAUGCAAGCACCUUGGAGGUGCCAGGCUGCAACAAGGCUGAGAAAUACGAGGAACAGAAGGCCAGCUUUGGCUGUUCUCCUGGCCACUCAAACAGGGGCCAGAGUUUGAUGUCACAGAUGUCCCAUGGCCCAUGCAGCUCAGAAAAGCAUGUCAAGAUGUCUCCAGCAGCCAUCUCUCCCAGCAAAUCCCAAACAUGUAGAGAAACACCUUCCAAGACUCUCACUGGACAGCAAACUUUGGGACCCACUGGGAAGAAUGGAUGCCCUGGAAAUGUUAGGGAGCCUGUCUUCUCCGUAAUGUGUCCUUGGCAGAAUUGGGGGAACCAUGACCUGAACACAAUCCAGUUGCAGGAACCCCCAAAUCUUGUGACCCUGAGGGCAGCGAACCAGGUUCUUCCAGAAGAUUCCACUGUGGGCUCAAGCGAACAAAUUGCUGCUCAUGAACUGCAAGGGGAAUUUGGAGAUACAGCAUCAUCCAGCAUGCAGAUGGAGCUGAAUGAGGAGACAGCAGGAAGGGUGCAAAGAUCAGGGGUUUUGGAGAAGGCAGAGAGCCUGGAGACUCAAGACACAGUGCUUAUACAGAGGACACCUGAAAAGAUGAGGGCCUUCCUAGAUGCUGAGAUUCCCAUCUCUCCCGAAACGAGCGAGGAUGCAGAUGAUACCAUGCCUGUCUCUCAUCCAUCUGCGAGUGUCGUAAAAGAGGAGGCGCUCUCCAGCCUAGAUGUGAAGCUGAGAUCAAUGAUGCUCGCAACCAAGGCCUGCCACUCGCCUCUUCUCCAGCCAAAACAGGGGUCCUACCACGUUCCCCCCAACACCAAAAGCCUCACAGCCACAUCAGCCAGGCACAACGACAGCAGCAGCUCUUCUCUCUUUGAUGAGGCCCUGGAAAUGCCCCGGCGUCCAAGGCGAGUGAGAAGCCCGGAGGGGAGGGCACCACGCUCCAAGGAAGCCUGCCAUUGCCCCAUGGGUCCACCUCAGAUGGCAGGAGGGGAAGCCCAGUUGCUGGACAAUACCCACUUGGUACCAGCUGGUCCAAGCAUCUGUAAACCACCCAGCCACCCAGGAUCAAUUCUCCUUGGUCCUAUUGUGACUGACCUGGCUGAGCAAACAAAAUCUGGAAGAGAUGACUGCAGAGAUCAAUACCACUUGGAAGUAAAAUCUGGCUCCUGUUGUAGUGCAGAUUCAGAAGUAAAAUCUCCCCCAAAGGAGGUCAGGCCAUCUCUAGAUAAUAGAGGGGAGCAUAAUACCACCUCAGAAGAGACAUGUGCUCCACCAUCAUGGACUGAUACUAAGCACUCAUCUGCCAGACACGCUAAAGGCAAGAGGUCACCCAAGCCCUUCAGGGUGAGCUUCAGCCGGCUGUCUGUCCAAGGGUCCUCAUUUACACCUGGAGCUGCCUCCUGUCCACCCAGAAGGCUGAGCCCCAUUGGCCAGGUUGUCCCAUUGUCACCAGGGGGGCGGCCUCUGAACGUCAGUGCCACUGAGCCGGUAGAAUACCUCUACGUGGACGAGGACGAAGGACACACCCUCGUGGAGCGGCAUGUUCCUUGCACCGACGAUUCUGUUGCCAACACCACCAGCUCCGAAGACACUGUCAUUUACGACUGGCGGGCAUAUGCCAACCAAGCGGCAGGGCUGAGAAACAAGGGAAAGAGUUCCCUGCAGCUGCCCCCAGAGCUGUACGGCCACCUUUCUGACCAAGCUCUGUUCCAGAGGCUGCGAGACCUGGGUGUGAACCCGGGACCUAUAACAGACCUCACCCGGAAGCUUUACAUGCAGCUGCUGGAGAAGUUAAUGAGUGACCCCAAGACCAAGCCUCGGAAGGAUUCGGCAGGCUACAGCCCAGAACUUACUUUUGCCCUGGAGACGUACCAGAUCCCAGACAGCAAAGAUGACGAAAUGGCUUUAGCGAGGCAGUUUGACCAGCCAGACAAGAAUAAAAAGUGGAGGGAAGGACUGCUAAAAUCUAGCUUUAACUACCUGCUGUUGGAUCCCAGAGUGACCCAGAACCUGCCUUUCCGCUGCCAGUAUGUGAGCCAAGCGGAGUGUUUCCGAACAUUCAUCAGCGCCAUCUUCUAUGUGGGCAAAGGGAAACGCUCCCGGCCUUACAGUCAUCUCUAUGAGGCCUUGACCUGCUACAAGGGGAGGCAGAGAAAGCGCGGGAGACAGACGUGCUCCAAAGUCCAGCACAUCCUGGAGAUCUGGGCGAGCGGCCAAGGUGUCAUCUCCAUGCACUGCUUCCAGAACGUCAUCCCUGUGGAGGCCUUCACGCGGGAGGCCUGCAUGGUGGACGCCGUUGGGCUGAAGAUGCUCACCAACCAGAAGAAAGGGAACUACUAUGGCCUCGUGGCCGGCUGGCCCAUGAAGCGACGCCGGCAGCUGGGCAUCUACUUGCUGCACCGAGCCAUGCAGAUCUUCCUGGCGGAGGGGGAGCGGCAGCUGCGUCCAGCCGACAUCCAGCCCGGCCGGUGACAAGGCACUGCCCCCUGGGCUCUACUCUCCUUUGGCACCGCUGGGGGUCUGGCCCCAUAGAUCGGUACGAUUUCCUUCACCUGCAAAUAAUCAUGUUUCCAAAGCUUCAGCUUGGAUUUAAUGAGGCAAGACUGGAUUCUGUGAGGUUGAAGAGGCGGAACUGCAGGCCACUGGAUCCCUCAUGCCAAGGCCUGAAGAAUCAGUGUUUGAAAAUGGAAGACCCAGCUUUGGCACUGCAGACGUAAGGCCAGAGCUGGUGCCUGUCAGGGAAGGGGCUAACUUUGGGGCAGGGGAUGGGUUCCUGAAUUGCUCCCCCUUCCUUCAUCUCUGGGAUGGAGGUCCUCACAGCAUGAGCAGGGACUGUGCUGUCCGUGGGCCUCGUGGGGCCCUCCAGAAUGCCUUGUGUGGCCCCUAGACAGUUUUUUUAAUAAAACCUUUAGAAUCAAAAGGGAGAUUUCUCUGAAACCUUCAAAGGGUAACGCAUUUUAGCAGGAAUGACCACUAAGGUAUAGCAAAGAAGAGCAUUUACAGGUCUUCCAGACAGAGAGGGAUGAGAAUGAUCUCUCUCAUGUACCAACCAGGUUAUGAAGGAUGCUGGAAUCGUUCUCCGUGUUUUAAAACUUUCCUGUGGUCCGCAUCCUUUCUUUUUCAGUAAGGAAUUGAUAUCAGAACCAGCAUUUUUAACAGCUUCCUCUGUGUUCUCAUCUCUUUCUCAUCUCAACUGCAAAAAACUGUCCUUGUGAAACACUUUUUUAUAUCUUUAUGUCAUAGUGGGAAGUGGUGAGUUUCUGAUCUUUACAAAAUAUACUUUUGUACUUUUAAAACUUUUUAAAAUACACUUUUAUAUUCAGCUCUUCUGUGAGACCUUGUGGAAU